GAGGUGACGCAUCAAUCAUUUUACGACGUUUGACCUUCAAGUGCUUGCAACCUUCGUCAGUGGACGAUACCUCUGAAGCGUUGCCUGAAGUUUUGCCAUACAUGUGUGGUUUAUUUUAUUCCUCGCUUUUCAAAAGUUACGUUCAUUGUGAUGAAGAAAGAGCGGGAUCGCCAAUGACUUCUGUUUUGAGCCACGUCUAACAACAUACCUAGCCAAUGUUGCCCCAUCUCUAGGACUUCAACUAAUAAGUCGUGAAGGGCCAGUAGAAGCCAGUCCUGUGCAACUUUCUUUCAUGCCACGACACCACGUCACACUGAUCACCUCUCUGCUUUUUCCUACCGGUCUCAGCGUCGUCAAGAAAUGCACGACGUCAAAUUCUCUGGGACGACAUUCGUACAACAUUUCCAAGCCACUGAAGUUGGUGUUUCGAGAUAGUGACACUAAAUUAUCGAACACGACGACGAACCUCUGCAUUGCUAAUAUGAUGUUGCCAAUGGAUACCAGCAAUCCUUCGAGGACAACGAUCGUACACAGAGUUGUCUGACAUCCUCAACUUGGAGAGGCUAGGUUUCACAAGCAUAGAGCAAAACUGCUCUCACUGAUGCGUUGAUCUGACCUUUCAUAGCCAGACUAAUCACGAAGGCGCCAGGGGUGACCUUGACUGGUACAAGCUGCCCUGGCUUUCACUACACAUGCCAAAAUUUUCUUUUGGAGCCUCUAUAAAUUUUUCCCAAAGUUGGUAAAAUUUCCCCCAAGAUCGGGAAAUCGUAAAGUUUCUGCUCAAUGUGAUAACUAACGCUAUUUCCAUUUCUUUUUCAGAUUUUUCUGUUGGGACUGAAUUUUAAUAUUUCAUAUACAACGGAUCAUUAUUGAUUAGACUUUAGAGUAUGUCAAACUAUCCACCUGUUUUGAUUGGUUUAAAUUCAUACGGGGGAUCAGAAUUCUAUGAGAACGUCUAUUCUCUGAUCCGAUUUCUUUAUGAAACGCAUCAGGAAUUCGAUCUUGAAGGUUCUUCAACAGAAACCUACAUAUUACCCAAAGACGAAUUGACGUUAAUUCAACUUGUCUUACGUGAUUUUGACAAAGAUAAAUACCCUAUAAAACAAGAAGACAUAUCGCGUUUUUGGUAUAGAAUGUGUCGUUAUCGUCUUUUUCGGCAUCGAAUUCUUGUAGACGACAAUGAAUACGUGUUUUGUACUAAGGUUGACGAAUACCUGAAGGCUAAUAAUUUAGUUGACCGGAUUUUAAUUGCUCGUCGCUUAUUGGAGGAAUUCUUUGAAAAUUCUUCACUAAAAACUAAGUUAUUCUACUAUCGUUAUAUUGUUCAUUCGAACAAAUUAGAUUGGUUUGAGGUAAUCAAUUGGUUGAUGAUUGCUAUAAAGUUCAAUCAAACAGCAUCUAAUGGUUGAGAUUAUGGCAGAUUUUAAUGUACCACACCUAUGCUUUCCAUGUCUUUCAACUACUGAAAACAAAUUCUAUUGUCUUCGGCAAUGUGAGAUUAAUUUCAACACUCGAUACAAGGCGAGUCAUCUUUUUAUACUUAUUUUACUUAUCUAGGAGUGUCCCUUACUUGAAACUCUUCUCAGUUAUCUUGGACUUGCAGUUAAUAUUAAAGAUUCCUUACGUUUUUUAAGAAUAUUUAACUUGCCUUACCGAGCAUUGGAUGAACAAACUUUUACAUCGCUUCGAAAAUUAGCUCGACGAGAUAAUCUAUCAGUUACUCAAGUUAGUCCAUUUACACCUGUUAUUAACUAAAAUUGUAUUUUUUGGAAUUUAUCGCAAUUAGUGAAAAUAAACGUUUUUGAAUAAUAAUCUAAUGUUAUAUUUUUGUAAUUUUUUUAGUUUAACGUUUCAGGUUGUAUGAGUAGAAUCCAGUCAGUCGUCGACAUUGUGGGAUUUGCACAGAUGUAUCCGUUCUAUGCUUAGGCAGUUUCAUAAUCGCUUUUCAGCAACUUGAUUUGGUUUAACAAACUGUCUUCUAUUUCAUUAUUAUAUUUUACAUUAGAUUACUCCAACAACUAAUAUUCUCGUUGUUUUAGGUAGCCAUCUCAUUUGUUGGUCGCAUGAAGUUAGGGAACUCCAGCUACGCUCCUGAAUAUGAUCAUCCACUUCGUCGGUGGUCUUCAGGCUUGAUUCAUUUGGUGGAUUCCAUCAAUAGGUGUCACGACGUAUUAUCUGGGGCUGCUGAUGAUAGUUUGUUGGCAUCGGGCACUGCUAAUUCACCUAUGACCAUUGAUGACGCUGUGAAAUCUGUAUGUCAAUGUAUUCGUGUUUCAUGUAGUAUUUUGCGGAAACCUGGUGUAGUUGAUGAAAGUAUGCAUGGAAAAAUGAAGACAACUAUUAACUUUUCAGAAAUCCCUAAUGUCUGCGAUAGUCUUGUCAAACGUAUUUAUCAGUUGUCUUCUACAAAUAUUAUUUCAAGCAUGUGCUGUGAUACACCGGAUAGACCCUUACAUGCAGGAGGAAGUGUACGAGGUAGAGGAGCCUUUAAACUCAUACGUAUAUUACUCGUAACUGAAUCUGAAAGAUUGAAAAUCGCUCUGACCAAAUAUCCCAAUUCAUUGUUAACAACAAACAGUCCGUAUUCAUUUAACGAUUGUUCAAACACCCCCCCGAAUCACUUGACAAAGUGUAAUACACCAACUACCGAUGGUCGUACAUGUAAACUGCUUCCAAUGUUUAUAUCUCCAUCUACAUCAAUCGUGAACAAAUUAUCACCAUUUACCAGUGAUCAUAUUUCUCCACAAAUUCAAAUGAAUGAUGAGAAUAAAUUUCCUCCAAUGCCUAAACGAACUGUCAUGUCUCAUUAUCAAUCUAACCUAGAAUGGGUUAGCGGUCAUUGUUCUCCACUAGUUAGUUAUGCUUACUCCAUUAAUGAAACCAGUUCAUUACCAUGUUGGCAAGUUGUCAAUGAGGAUUCACAAUCCAAUAUAUCAUUCAUUAAUGGCGGCUAUUCCGAACAUGGAACUCCAACUAAAUUGUCUAGUCUGAAAAAUAAACGGUCAAGAACUUUAUUCACAGAAGAAAAUGUCAAAAUUAGUGGUGUUAGUAAUGUACGCACUGACUUACUUAUUAAAAGAAGUAGUAAACGAGAAUCACAAGAAGUGAAUAGGUAUGAAAGAUCACAACAAACUAUUAAGCAUUCCAAUCAAAGAAAGAGUCAAUCGAAAAAGACUUCAUCUGUUAACAACAGUAGACAACGACAACGUUCUUUACUGGAAUUUUUUAAAAUACAGUGAUUAAGCUAAAUGUAUGUAUGAAAUAUUUGUAUUUUUUUAAAACAAUUAAUAGUAAUUGUCAGGACUGAUUACCCUAACCGUUUGACAGAUUUGUGUUUGAUAGUUAUUUUUUUCUUUUUGGUACUUAUCUCAUGAUAUUUGUAUUUUGUAUACUUUGUGUUAUCUUCACUCUAAUCUUUUAUAGCAACAUUUAUACGAGUAUUUUACUGAACUUAUUUUAUUGUUUCCAAAUGUUUUUGCAGAAAUCUGAAUGUCUUAUUCUUCGUUCUUUUUUUAUAAAAGACAAUUGAAAAAUUUACUGGUGAUUUUGAAAUGAAUAGAUAGUAAGGUGCUUUAUGAUAUGAGAAUUUAAACUGAACUAAAUGAAUUAUGUGUUGAGUACUGAAUAGAAUAGGUUACAUAAAAUAAUUUUGUUAUUCAGUAAACAUAUUAAAGUAGGCAGUUUUAUACAAAAUGAUAAUACUGUUAUCCCUAUUGAUUUUAAAUUCAUAUCAUUUAGUCUAGCCUGCGUUUCCAAAUUUAAAAUCCCCUUUUGGGGUUAAAUAGCAAUCAGUGGUUAUUCUUCAUAGUAAAUAUUCAUAUUUUCAUGUUGUAUAAUACUUUUCUCAAAAGUUCAGUUUUAUUUGUUUUCAUAAAUUACUGAGAACUAGCUGUUAGUAAUUCUUGUUUUAAUAAUCCAAUACAAAUCAUGCUUUUGCUAAUUGGUACUAUAUAACGGGUCUAUGUUAUAUUUGUUCCAACAUUUUCGUUGUAUCGUAUUUACCUAUGAUUGAUUAUCACAAAAUCGAUCAUUUGUAGAAAACGUGUAGAUGCAGUAUCAUUAAGAAUAUGAGACGUUUUUUGUAUGUUUUA